CUCUCCAUUAUACUGGAGAUUCUCGGUGAUACCACACGUGCAGGUUGCUCCUGUGACAGGUGCGUGAAGGUGUGGGAGGAUGACCAGGACAGACAUGUGGAUGCUGACGUUGCUUCUACUUCUACCCACCAUUGCCGUGGCGGAAGACGAAGAGAUCGCAGAGUUCGGGUUUCUGCAUGUGAUAACGGACAUUCGCUACCGCUUCGCAAAGACGCAGGUUACGGGCAGAAUCCUCAACACAGCAAACGUCUCUGCCGACGUCGCUGUUGACGUGACGCUGCCCAACUCGGCAUACAUCAGCGAGUUCAGCUUUAAAUUCAAUGACCGGAAGUACUACAGCCGUGUCAAUGAAAAGGAAAGCGCUGAAAAGUCGUACAGAAUAGCAAAAGCACAGGGCCACGCUGCCGGCAAGGUCAGCCAGAGUGCCCAUGAGACGAACAAGUUCAUAAUGAAUCUAAGUGUUCCAAAAAACGCCAACCUUACCUUCAACCUGACGUAUGAGGAGGUGUUACAACGACGUAACGGUGUCUACACACACUCCAUCUACAUCGACCCUGGUCAGCCUGUUCCGGACAUGAAGAUCGAUGUCGCUAUACAGGACACACGUGAAAUCACCACACUCAAAGUCCCGCCAAUAUCUGGCAACAGCAUAACGGAUGUAGACAUCACGGAAAACAACAACAUGGCUGUCAUACAGAGACCCACCCCCAACUCAGCCUACAUUCGCUUCCACCCAACCCUGGAACAGCAGUUGACUCGGUGGGCAGAAGGAAUCUCUGGGGUCUUCUCGGUGAUGUAUGAUGUGGACAGGGGCUUUGAUGCUGGCGAUCUCCUGGUCUCGAAUGGCUAUUUCAUUCACUUCUUUGCUCCCGCCGUUCCUAACCCCAUCCCCAAAGACAUCCUGUUUAUCCUGGACACGAGCUCAUCUAUGUACAACGGGAAGAUGGACCAACUCAAGGCCGCCAUGAAGGUCAUCCUCAGAGAUCUCAGAGCAGACGACAAGUUUAACAUCAUCUCAUUCAGCUCUAGAAUCCGAUACUGGCAGUCGGACAUGGCGGAGGCCAACAAUGCCGAGCGUGCUGUCAAAUACAUUGACUCACUCAAAUCUGUAGGCUGGACAAACAUCAGAAAGUCACUUGUAUCCGGCCUGGAAUAUUUGAGCGAAAGACAGAGGUCAUCUGAGGGAGCUCUCGUUAUUUUCCUCACUGAUGGAAGAGCAACUGCGGGCGAGCGCAAUCCUAACCGAGUAUUGCAGAAUGUGAGAUCAGCCAACAAGAAGGACAUCCCCUUGUACACGCUGGCGUUUGGCAAGGAUGCCGACUGGGAACUCGUCAAGAAGCUGGCGCUCCAGAACUUUGGCAUUACGAGAAGGAUCUACACAGAUGGUGAUCCAGCCAGGCAGAUUCAGAACUUCUACCACCAGGUGUCCUCAGUCAUGCUUCACGGUGUCACUUUCCGGUACAGUGACGCCAUUACCUCCGAAACACAACGCAUUUCCUCCGGAACACAACAGAACUUCACAAACUACUUUGAAGGGUCUGAGCUUAUUGUGACCGGUAUCCUUGACUCUCAGAGCGACUCCUCUGAAAUAGACUCACUGACGACAAACAUCAUAGGGACAUCAGACAGUGGACCUGUAAACCUGAAACUCACCAGUUCGGAAGUGGAUCUAAAGUCCCAGUUUGAGGCUCUAACACCCCUGUAUGACAACGUCAAUGUUGAAGGAAUACUGAAAAGAAUGCAUGCUUACCUGUACAUCCGGGACCUAAUGCAACAGAGAGUUGGCGAAAAUGACAGGAACACCAGAGAAAGUCUGAAGCAGAAAGCCCUUGAACUGUCUCUUCAGUAUCGCUUUGUGACUCCCCUGACGUCGCUAGUUGUGGAAAACAGAAAUACACACGAGUUGUCUGACCUCCGUCGGGAUGAAGAUCUGUACGCUUUCAAGGAAAAGGUCCUGCCCACUCCUCCGCCAUAUUACCGGCGUUACUCUGGAGGUGGAGGUGGCGGCGGCGGCGGUGGAUCAAGCAGAGGAGGAGGUGGCUAUGAUCCUCACUUCAUGCUGUUCAUGGAAGGUCUCAAGUACCCUAUCUGUUUUGACGUGCUGGGGAAGGACAGGGAGAUCUACCAACUGAUACAUGACCCACAGACAGACUUAACUGUGAAUGGACGAGUAGGCGAAGGUAAAAAGCACACCCGAGAAGGCGGUUUCCGAACGUACAUGGUGGAGAUUGCCAUCAUGCUCCAUGACCUUCACCUUCUGGUAACCCGUAGCAACAUCACCCUGCACGAGGACAGCUAUUCCUGGGACAAUGACUUUAACAUAACUGUCCCUUGGGCUCGGCUCUUUAUAAAGCAAGUCACAGGGGGCAUCACCAAACUAUCUGUGGUUUUUGACAGUGGGUUGCAGAUCGACAUUGUGAAACAUUUACACUCGGCCUCAAACACUUUAGGGGGAGACUUCCUUAACAUCGAGCUUGGGAACGAACAACUUCUCUCUGAAGAGUCAGACGGCAUCAUUGGGCAAUUCAUCCACAAGAAAAUCCGGCUUCAGACUAUCACAUACAGGAAUGGACACCUGGUGGGGCACCUCCGUAGUGUCACGGGUCUAGAAAGACGCCAUGGACUGGCCCGCAUCAAACACAGACACGACCCCGUGUUCAACGAAACCGUCUCCUGCUGGGUUCUAAGAGAGAGGGCGAAGCGACUCUUUGAUGCCCCUCCUAAGUACUACAUCGUUGACGACAUGUACCAGACAACGCUGUCCUGAGCGGGUGCUGGUCAAACACAUGUUUGACUGAUAUGCUCACAGUGGACGCUCACUCAAUAAUUAACCACAUGAUAGUGUAUGCUUCUUUUUCAAUUACUCCACGCUGAUUCACAUACUGUGUCUGAUGUGUAGUAUAUAGAUACUCAGUUAUGGCAAUACGUGUGAACUCUUUAUAACUGCUGCUUCAACAAGCAUACUUCAUCAAUUCGAUUACCAAAUACCACCUACUACCUAUCGCCUCUUUGGUUCUGGAUUCUUUGUUGUAUCAAUCAUGAUUAUCCUCCCUACUCCUUAUGAUUACUCCCUAUGAUGAGUACUCCCUAUGAUGAUUACUCCCUAUGAUGAGUACUCCCUAUGAUGAGUACUCCCUA